CUGCUUCUUGUGGCAAAGUAAUUACUUAUCUAAAAAUUAAAGAACUUGACUCGCCUGGCCUUCGGAGUCGUGAUUUGUCUAGUAGAACUUUAGAUAGCCUCUUCCCUUACAUUAAUUCCACUAUCCGCUAUCGCCUGUUGAAAAUGUUCCUAAUCAGGUCCUCUUCGCAAGCUGUGAAGUUGUCGCCAAUGUGUGCAAGAGCCUUUUCGGUGCGAACGGAAAAAAAUGACGUUUUCAUCGUAAGCGCCGCAAGGACUCCCAUUGGCUCCUUCCGCAGCAGUUUGGCUUCUCUUCCAGCACCACGUUUGGGAGCAAUUGCUAUCGAAGAAGCACUGAAAAGAGCACAAAUUGGGAAAAAUGAUAUCGACGAAGUUUAUAUGGGGAAUGUGUGUCAAGCUGGAGAAGGCCAGGCUCCUACAACACAAGCAGCAUUGUUCGCCGGAUUGCCAUCAAAAACACCUUGCACUACCAUAAACAAAGUGUGCGCUUCGGGCAUGAAGGCCAUUAUGAUGGCUGCGCAGAAUAUUGCCACCGGAAAUGCCGAUGUGAUGGUCGCGGGAGGAAUGGAAUCUAUGUCAAAUGUACCGUUUUACAUCACAAGAGGAGAUCUGCCUUAUGGUGGAGGGCAGAUUAUUGACGGCAUUGUUUUUGAUGGCCUUACGGAUGCUUUUGACAAAAUUCACAUGGGAGUAUGCGCGGAAAAAACGGCGAAAAAAAUGAAUAUCACCAGAGCGGAUCAGGAUAAUUAUGCUGUUCAAGCUUAUAAGCGAUCCGCCAAUGCAGCCAAAAAUGGAUCCUUUAAAGAUGAAAUUUGUCCUGUUAAAGUUCAGCUAAAAGGAAAAGAAACUGUAGUGACCUUGGAUGAAGAAGUGACAAAAGUGAAUUUUGAGAAGAUUCCUACACUCAGGCCAGCUUUCCAGAAAGAAGCCGGCACAGUUACGGCCGGAAAUGCAAGCAAAUUAAAUGACGGAGCUGCUGCGUCCAUAUUAAUGUCCGAAGCUAGAAUCAAAAAGCAUGGCGCAAAGCCAAUGGGACGAAUUGUUGCUUUUGCGGAUGCUGCCAGAGAUCCUGUAGAAUUCACUAUUGCUCCCGCUGAUGCUGUUCCCAUUGCGCUGAAAAGAGCAGGAUUGAAUAAAAAUGAUAUAGCCUUGUGGGAAAUCAACGAAGCCUUCAGCGUGGUUGCCUUGGCCAACCAAAAAUUAUUGGAUAUCAAUCCGGAAAUUUUGAAUAUUAACGGAGGCGGUGUUAGCCUCGGGCAUCCGAUUGGAAUGUCCGGUGCACGGAUAACAAACUCACUGCUUUAUAACCUGAAGCCCGGUCAGUUCGGUUGUGCAUCCAUAUGCAAUGGAGGAGGAGGAGCAUCGGCUAUCAUUGUUGAACGGCUUUAAUUUUGAAAAUGUAAUCGGAUGUGGACUUUGCAUAUUUGCCGUAUCACGAAGUUGUAUUGGACGAAGUUGCCGAUUAAUAUGGACAGCUUGUCGUCUGGUAAACCGAUUGCUUCUGUCUUUAUCAAUUUUGGCAGCCAGACAAUGUUUGUCGCAUUAUCAACUCCAGAACGGUAACGAUUGGUUUUGAUUGUUUUAGUAUCUGAAUAUAGUGAACUGUUCAUAAGAUGCUUUAUUCAAUUGUGUGCCGGAAAUCUCAGAUGUGAAAUUACCAUAAUAAAGCCUUAUUCCAUUAAGCAAGACAA